GCUCUUGAUAAACAUUUCCAUGUUGAGGAAAGACAAUUUUGUGUUUUAAUUUUACUUCGUGUACUUCAUAAUCAAAAUUGGGAAACCUCGACGAGUAAGAUUAGCAGUAUUAUUUUACGAACCAAUUAAGAAACACGCUGAAAUGAAAUAAAAUAGAAUAUCAUCUGAAAAGAAGAAAAAUGUCGGGAAAGCGAGUGAAAUUAGAUAAAAUAUUUGCUCGAUCCUUCGCAAUAUCCUGUGUGGUAAUUCUUGCUGUGGCCAGUCUUAUUAUCCUGAGUAACCAACACUUGCCUAGCCAAGUAGUUGCAUUCGUACGGUCGCUGGCGUCCGGGGAAGAUCGACUUGGCAUUAACCAAUCAGAAAGCGACAUAGACUCCGAUCUCGAAGACGACGGUCCUCGACUUCCCACCGACGUCGUACCGAAAGCCUACGACAUCAACAUAGCGGUGAACUUAUCGACGAUGACGUUUUCGGGCGAAGUGAAAAUUAUCGUUUUGUGCAAAGUGCCGACAGACAAAAUAGUUCUUCAUGCAAAACAUAUGGCGAUCACUAAAACCAAUGUCACCAAAGCUAAGUCAGGGAAAUUACUGGAGAUAAAGAGCAAGUAUAUGAAACCAAAAUACGAUCAUUAUGUUAUAGAACUUGAACAGGAGUUACAGAAACACAAAAAAUACGUAAUCAUUAUGAAAUAUUCGGCAAACAUAUCAAAGUCCUUGGAUGGUUUCUAUAAAAGUUAUUACACGACAGAACUUGGAGAGAGAAGACCGUUGGUUGCGACAAAGUUUGAGGCGAAUAACGCACGCAGAGCACUUCCAUGUUUCGACGAACCAGCCCUGAAGGCAAAGUUUACGAUGCACAUCUCCCGUGAUCCGACUCACCAAUCUUUAUCCAACAUGCCCAGGAAUAGAGAAGAGCGAAAACGCGUCGAUCUGGUGAUAGACCACUACGACACCAGCCCGCCCAUGAGCACCUACACCCUGGCCUUCCUGGUGCAUGAUUUAAAAUACCAAGAGACGACAACUGCAUCGGGAGUAAAGAUGCGUGUGUAUGCUCCUCCAAAAGACAAAGAUAAACUUGGCUUCGCAUUGAAUAUUUCAUCCCUGACUUUGACAUUUUACGAAAAGUUGCUCGGAUCAAAAUUUCCGUUGAAGAAACUUGACUUGGUAGCGAUGCCAGACUUUGCUAUGGGAGGAAUGGAGAAUUGGGGCCUGAUCACUUUUCGUCGUGAAUUUCUUGUUUACCAUGAUAACUUCAUAUCAGUUUUCACUAAGGAGAAAAUGAUGAAUGUGAUUUCCCACGAGCUGGCACAUAUGUGGUUUGGUAAUUUGGUAACGAUGAAAUGGUGGGAUGAUUUAUGGUUGAACGAAGGAUUUGCGACGUUCUUUGCAUAUUUGGCAUGUUAUAACAUUGACAAGGAGACUGACCAGUUGGCCUUGUCAACAAUGAGAUGGGAAAAUGCACUGGAGGAGGAUGGGAAACAAAGUACAAUUCCUCUAGUUCACGCGAUAUCACAACCAAAAUACAGAGAAACCGUUUUUUCUAGUAUUUAUGGCAAGGCACCAAUGAUUUUAAAGAUGUUGAUGAACACGCUUGGUAAUUCUGCCUUCUUAGAGGGUUUGAAGAUAUAUCUUCGUGAAAACAAAUAUGGAAAUGUUGAAUCUGCAGAUCUAUGGACGGCUCUGAGCAAGGUUGGCAAACGCCUUGAUUUAUCGCGAUUGAUGAAAUCAUGGAUGGAAGAGAAAAGUUUUCCUAUUGUCACACUGAAGCGUUUAAAAGGACCCGAAAAAGAUUUGAUAUUGGCCAAGCAAGAAAGCUUUCUAGAACACAAACUACGGCCAUUAUUCAACGAUAAGCCAGAUAGUAAGACGAUUGGAAACAAAUCUUCAGAACAAAGCGACUACAAAGAAUGGCAAAAAAUAUCAGGAAGCUUGUGGCAUAUUCCCCUGACCUACACUGUGCAAUCAACGGCAUUUAAAGAAUACACUGUUUGGUUGGAUAAAAAAUGGGAAAAGCUGAGUGUUUUAGAUCCAGUGGGCUGGAUCAAGGCAAACGUACGUGCAAAUGGAUAUUACAUCGUCAAUUACGACAAAGCGAACUGGAUAAAACUCAUCAAACAAUUAAAAAAUUACCAUGUGGUGUUUUCACCAUCAGAUAGAGCCGGUCUCAUCCACGACGCUUUUGUCUUAGCAUGUGAAGGUAUACUGGAGGCAACCAUUCCUCUGAAACUUAUCAUUUACAUGCCAAAAGAAGAUCAUUUUGUUCCGAUGAAAAUGCUCCGACAAAAAUCAAAGUGUUUAGAAAAGCACUUUAAAACUGCUAGUUUAAGAAAACUCUACAAGGAAUACAUAUGGUAUUUACAAGAGCAUUUAUUGGAAAAACUUGGCUUGGAGGACAAAGGAGGAACAUUAGACCAGAUGAAUCGUUACUAUGCUAUACAACAAGCAAUACAUCACAGACCUCGCGUCAAGAAGAAGUUCGAGAAAAUAUUCAGGAAUAUGAAAAAAAGCAAAGAUUUUGGGGCAACACCAAAGAAUGCGAGUCCGAAUAUUCGACGCUUGGCUUUGGAACAUGGUUUUAAUAAACAGGACCCAGACGACUGGGAGUAUUUGUGGAAUUUGUACCAGAGAUCACCUUGCGAUGCAGAUAGAAGAUUCUUGAGAAGUUCCUUGGUUUCGUUUGACAAACCUGAUCUAUUUACGAAGAACUUACACAACACUUUGGAGAUGACAAAGAUUCGCUCUCAAGACAGUCUUUCUUGGUUAAAGGAGCUUGAGUCUAACUCGACAAAAGACAAAGUUUGGAAUUUUGUCAAAAGCAAUUGGAAAAUCAUAAAGGAAAGGUUCGAGAAUGCUCCAAUGCUGGAUGAACUCUUGAAGAGCAUUGUAAGAAACUUUCAAACAGAUGACAAGCUGACUGAGGUUAAAGAACUUAUCCGGUCAAUCGACGACAAGGAUUUGUUGGAAGAAGUACUGAAAGAUAGCGGCAACAGAAAAAGUCAAACUAACAAUGAUCAUGACGUGGAAAUUAAGAAAACUACAAAACACAUUAAUACGGAAAAGGCAGCGAAGUGGCUAAAAAGAUAUAUGAAAAAGAUAAGAAAACUAAGACAUUAACACUAAAUAUAGUUCAAAAAUCUUUUGAUAUUUUUAGACACUUAAUAUUCAUAUAGUAUGUUUUAUCUGAUUAGUUUAUAACCCCGUGUUACCCCU